UUAUGGUCUGGAAUAGUUUUGAAAGAUGUAAACACCUUAUUUAAGUUCCCACAGUGGGAUGUGACAGACAAUCUGGUGUUGGUUUAAUGGAUCCCAAGACUUGGGAGGUCACUUUGCUUGAGUGAAUCUCAACAGUAGUUAAAAAUGUUUUGUUUUGUUUUGUUUUUAAAUGCUUUUGUUUUACAGGCUCCUCAUCCAUCCACUGGUCCCCAUAAACUGAGAGAAUGUCUCCCUCUCAUCAUCUUCUUAAGGAACAGACUUAAGUAUGCCCUGACAGGAGAAGAAGUAAAGAAAAUCUGUAUGCAGCGGUUCAUAAAGAUUGAUGGCAAGGUCCGAACUGAUAUAACUUAUCCUGCUGGUUUUAUGGAUGUCAUCAGCAUUGACAAGACUGGAGAGAAUUUCCGUCUGGUUUAUGAUACCAAGGGUCGCUUUGCUGUUCAUCGUAUUACACCUGAGGAAGCCAAGUACAAGUUGUGCAAAGUGAGGAAGAUCUUUGUAGGCACAAAAGGAAUCCCUCAUCUGGUGACCCAUGAUGCCCAUACCAUCCGCUACCCUGAUCCCCUCAUCAAGGUGAAUGACACCAUUCAAAUUGAUUUGGAGACGGGCAAGAUUACCGAUUUCAUAAAGUUCGAUACUGGUAAUCUGUGUAUGGUGACUGGAGGUGCUAAUCUGGGAAGAAUUGGUGUGAUCACCAACAGAGAGAGACAUCCUGGCUCUUUUGAUGUGGUUCAUGUGAAAGAUGCCAAUGGCAACAGCUUUGCCACCCGGUUUUCCAACAUUUUUGUUAUUGGCAAAGUAAGUCUGGGUUUCCCUUCGUUAGCUCAAUUUAUCCUUGGGGUUGCAGCACCUGGGCUGUUGGCUCAAUCUGCCAAAGUGAGUACAGAACCUCUCUGGUGGGGCUCACACAGAACUGGAUUGUAUCAAACAUGUACUUUUCACUACCACAGUAUCAACAGGGGACCUGAUCACCUUGGUAGAAAGUACCAAUGGUGGGAUAAAUGUACUUUAUAGUAUUAUUAAAUUAUUUGUGGCUGUGUUUUCUUGGCAAUUAGUAUUCACUCUUGGGCACUACUUAAUUUUGACUAGCUCCAGUAAAUAUUGUAUUCUCAUAAAAUAGCUGUUGCUGGAUGCUUUCACAAGCAGAUUCAAGUUCUGUUACAGGAGAUGGCAAAUGUUAGCACAUGCCAAGCUGCUGAGUCGGUGUAGCAGAUUUUGAUUC